AUGCGUAUGCGCUCGAAGAGUCUACUUGCGCCACGGCGCCCCGUUCGCUUGGCUGUCUUUAUCGCCGCAGUUUUCGUCACAGUCUUCUUACUGUUUCCUCCAUUCGAGUCUAGACCGAUCCUGUUAUUCCCCAGCACCAGCAGCCAGCCUGAGGAGAUCACAUUCCGCAAGAGUUCUUUCGACUGGGCGACUGUAGAGCAACACCACCCCGUCAUUUCCUCCAAGCCUCUACCAACAGGCAAACCACUAAGCCUUCCUUCAAUCCAGCACGAAUUCGGCGUGGGCAAUCCGCAUCCAGAGGCCCCGAAGCGACAGAAAGCUGUCCGUGAUGUAUUCAUCCGGAGUUGGAGCAGCUACAAGAAGUUUGCUUGGGGUCGGGACGAGUUAGCGCCCGUAAGUGCUGGGGCCAAGGACACAUUUGGAGGAUGGGCUGCGACACUGGUGGAUUCUCUCGACACGCUCUGGAUCAUGGAGCUCAAGGACGAGUUUCGCGCCGCGGCCAACGUAGCCGUGAAGUUGGAUUGGGCCAACACAUCAGCCACCAGCGUGAACAUGUUCGAAACCACGAUAAGACAUCUGGGCGGCCUACUUAGUGCGUACGAUCUCAGUGGCGAGCCUGCCCUCCUCGAUAAAGCGAAAGAACUGGGGGACAUGCUUUACAUGGGAUUCGAUACGCCAAACCGCCUGCCAGGCUUUUGGGUCAACUUUGAAGACGCUAGGAAUGGAACUCAGCUAGCUGGCACGCACGAUCCGUCAGCUUCCCCGGGCUCGUUAGCUAUGGAGUUUACCCGUUUAUCCCAGCUGACGGGUAAUCCGAAAUACUUCGACGCCGUGGAUCGCAUUACGAGGUUUCUGGAAGGAACGCAGUUCAAGUCUAAGCUUCCCGGGAUGUGGCCGAAGAUGAUUAAUUUCAGAGAGGAACGAGUCGAUACGGACAACAGUUUCACGCUGGGAGCCUUGGCGGAUUCACUCUACGAAUAUCUACCCAAAAUGUUUGCGCUACUCGGCGGCCGAGAUCCAUCCUACGAAAAGAUGUACAUUGGAGCCAUGGCAAUAGUAGAGCAACACAUACUUUUCCGGCCUAUGGUACCAGAUCGGGACGACAUCCUAUUCGCUGGCGAUGCCUUCAUCUAUGCUGACCGAAUCGAGCACGUAUCCGACGGCCAACACCUCGCAUGCUUUGCGGGCGGUAUGCUUGGUCUUGGGGGCAGACUCUUCUCCGUCGACAAUCACGUUGCUCUCGGUGAGAAGGUCGCGCGAGGGUGUGCAUGGGCGUACGACGCGUUUCCUUCCGGCGUGAUGCCGGAAAACUUCAAUCUCAUCCCUUGCGAGGCCCGGAAGACCGGGGACACCCAAAAGGACGACGAAUGCCUCUGGGAUGAGCCAAGAUGGAAGAGCGAGGGGGAUCCAAGGCUGAAGAAGGGUUUUCGGAAUGCACGCGACCCGAGAUACAUUCUCCGUCCCGAAGCUAUCGAGAGCAUAUUCCUGUUGUACAGGAUGACGGGCCGACAAGAUCUCCAAGAUAUUGCCUGGCGAAUGUUUGAGUCGAUUCUGAAAGCAACAGAAACAGAGCACGCACAUUCAGCUAUAGCUGAUGUUACCGUUCCGCCGGAUCAGACGAGAAAAUUGGAUGAGAUGGAGAGCUUCUGGCUUGCUGAGACCCUCAAGUACUUCUAUCUCAUUUUCUCACCACCGGAUCUCAUUAGCCUGGACGAUUACGUUCUCAACACAGAGGCACAUCCGUUCAAGAUCCCCAAAUAA